CUUCAUACAUGCAUGUUGGUUAUCUCAACAAUUCACCUCUCAUUGUUUCUUCCCAUUUCGUUUUCGUCUCCAUAUGCAUCUCCAUCAAUCGCCGGUCUUCUGUUUCCAACACCUCAUACGGUAACAGUGGUAUUGUCGAAGUCUCGGAUUAAGCGCACAUUGUUUCGUCCUCGCAGUCGGGACAAAGUGAUGUACGCGUCAUGUUGUCCGCCAUGUAUGAAAUGUGUGAAAUGAGUUACAC